AUCCAUCGCUUGCACUUGGUCAACAGCCCCGGCUUGGCCUCUGCCCGAUCACCUGGUCUAUAUUGCCACAGGGGGAAGCUGUGCCCGGCUCCUGCUGGCCGCUGCCCAGCCUGGCGCUAUGGCGGACUCCCGCCGCUGGACGAAAGAUAGCAAGCAGAGCGACUGGGAGCCCCAGAAUGGCCAGCACGACGGUGGCGCCAACGGCACCGCCGCUGCCUCCACCACUGUCGGCGAAAUCGUGCUGCAGCCCUGGCGCAAGCGCUUCACCACCCAAUUUGCGGCACUCUUCUGGAAGAACCUGCUGGUCAACUGGCGCAACUUUCGUGCCACCCUGCUGCGCGUCAUGGCGCCGCUCUUCUUCAUGCUGCUGCUGUACCUGACUGAUGUGGCCAUCAGCGCCGACAACCCCAAGCAGCCGUACGCCAUCUCCAACCUCGACCCCGCCGUGGACGCCGUGACCGCCAUCCCCGCCUGCGAAACCUCCAUGUACAUGCGCCCGGGGGGCUGCUGGGACAUGUUUUACACGCCCAACAACUCGGCCACCGCCCAGGCCAUCGUGCAGUACAUGCAGGCCAGCAACCCGGGGCGCCCCAUCCCCGGCGACAAGGUGCUGGGCUUUGCAACGCCCAGCGAUGUGAACGACUGGCUGACGCUCAACCCGGAGCGGGUGCUGGGCGGGGUUCACUUUAGCGAGGAAGGCCCCACGCAGGUGGAUUUCCUGCUCCAGGUCAACACCUCGGUGCAGUACUUCAAGGACAAGUUCCAGGACCCCACCUUCUUCAUGCAAGUGCCGCUGCAAGUGGCCACCGAGCGCGCCAUCGCCCAGCUGUUUGCAAACGCGAGCCUGGGCGCCGAUGCGCCGCAGCUGGCCUGGCAGGUGGCCACCAGCAUGUUUGCGCACCCCACCACCAACUCCAUCAAUGUGGUGGGCAAGUCCAUUGGCUCCUUCAUCUUUGCGGCAAACCUCUUCACAUUCGUCCUGAUUCUGGCGUCUGUUGUGGCGGAGCGCGAGAGGGGGCUGCGCCAGGCGCUGAAGACGAUGGGCAUGCUGGAGUCGGCCUUCUGGCUGUCGUGGAUGACCGUGGAGGUGAUCGCAUCCGUCAUCUUCUCCCUGCUGCUCAUCGGCUUUGGGGCCAUGUUCGGCUUCUCUUUCUUCACAGUGAAUAGCUUCGGGGUGAUUUUCCUCCUCUUCUUCGUGUUUCAGCUGUCGAUGGUCAGCGUGGCGUUCCUGCUGUCGACCUUCCUGUCGCGCAGCGCCACCGCCAUCAUCCUGGGCUUUGUGGUCUUCCUGGUGGGCUGGAUCGUGCAGGCGGUGGUGGUGUUUGGGUUCCCGUACGUCCCAGACUACAUCAACAGCGUGACCGUCAUCACAGUCAUCUUCACCCUCAUGCCCUGGGCCCCGCUGGCCAAGGCCUGCGUGGACUUGGGCGCCGCCAGCGAGGACUCCACCAGCGUGGGCAUCAGCUGGGACAACCGCUACUCCUACUGCCAGAACAUCGAGGACCAGUCGGCGCAGGUGGCGGCCUACCGCGCAGGCACCUACCAAGACUUUGACUGCGUCUUCUCCAUCGGAAACAUCUUGGUGGUGCUCUCCCUCGAGUUCCUCCUCUACUUCCUCAUUGCCAUCUACCUGGACCACGUGCUGCCAGACAACAACGGCGUGCGCAAGGGCGGCGUCUUCUACUUCAUGUCGCCAUCCUACUGGGGCGGGCGCAGCGCCAGGUCCAAGGCCAAUGCCGCCCUGACCCCGCCGCUGGCGCGGGCCGCGCAGCUGGAUGCGGGCAUGGAGCGUGACGAGGAUGUGGUGGCGGAGGAGCGGCGCAUGCAGGACCUGCUGCAGCACAGGACGGGCUCCGGCGGCGCGCUGUCGCUUCAGCCUGACAGCAGCAAUGCGGUGGAGGUGUACGGACUGCAGAAGGUGUUCUCGCCCGGCUGCUGCGGCGGCAAGGGCUGCUGCGGCGCGUGCUGCUUUUGCUGCUCCAAGCGGCGCGGGCGGAAGCGCGCCGGCGAGUUCUGGGCGAUCAAGGGCAGCUGGUUUGCCAUCGAGCGCAACCAGGUGUUCUGCCUGCUGGGGCCCAACGGCGCCGGCAAGACCACCACCAUCAACUGCCUCACAGGCGUGCUGCCCCCCAGCGGCGGCGAUGCGCUGGUGUAUGGCGAGAGCCUGAGCACCCCGGGAGGCAUGGACCGCAUCAGGUCCCUGAUGGGCGUGUGCCCGCAGUUUGAUGUGCUGUGGGGGGAGCUGACGGGGCAGGAGCACCUCCACAUCUACGGACGGGUCAAGGGCCUGCCCAAGGCGGCGGUGCGGCGUCAGGCUGAGGAGCUGCUGGACUCGGUCAAGCUGGCGGCUGCGGCGCGGCAGCGCACGGCGGCAUACUCGGGAGGCAUGCGGCGCAGGCUGAGCGUGGCCAUCGCGCUGCUGGGCGACCCUCUGGUGGUGUACCUGGAUGAGCCCACCACGGGGAUGGACCCCAUCAGCAGGCGCCACGUCUGGGACAUCAUCGAGUCUUCCAAGCAGGGGCGCGCCAUCGUGCUGACCACGCACAGCAUGGAGGAGGCCGACAUCCUAGGGGACCAGGUCGCCAUCAUGGCGCGCGGCAGGGUGCGCGCCAUCGGCUCCGCGCUGCGCCUCAAGCAGCGCUUUGGCAGCGGCUACCAGCUGUCGGUCAGCGUGCUGCCCGCUCGCUCCUUCGCCAACGUCGACGCGGCGGCGGUGGCCACCAACGCCGCCGCCGUCAAGCGGCUGUUCCAGGCCGAGCUGGGCGUGGAUGCUGCGGACGAGACGAGAGCCUACAUCACAUUCCUGGUGCCCAAAUCCAAGGAAGGGGCGCUGCCCGCAUUCCUGCAGGCGCUGGAGGGGCGGCGGCAGAAGCUGGGCAUCACGGAUGUUCCGAUAGGGCUGACGUCUCUGGAGGAAGUGUUCCUGACCAUUGCGCGCAAGGCGGAGGUGGAGGCGGCGGCGGGGGACACCGUGGUGGUGGAGCUGCAGGAUGGGGGCAGCCUGGAGGUGGCGCUGGGCGAGGAGUGGGCCACCGACCCCGCCACCGGCCAGAACUACUUCAUCACCUGGGCACAGGACGACAACGGAUCGCUGCAGGUGCUGAGGGCGGAGCCCGUGGAGCGGCGGCCCGGCGGCGCGUCGGUGCUGCCCGACGGCGGCGGCGCCAGCGGCGGCAGCACGAGCGAGGAGCUGGCGCGGGCGCCGCCUGCGGCGGUGGAGAUGACACGCAAAGACCUGUGA